AUGGGAAUUUCAUGGCUCUUAUUACUAUUUUCAACUGCUCAUUUCUAUAUUGAAGUUGAUUCAAAGGAUUCAAAAGAAACGGCGAAACUUCGUUCUGUACAAAUUCUUUUUCGUCAUGGAGCCCGUGCUCCAUCUGAGCAGAUAACCGACCCAAAUUAUCAUUCAUCGUUUCCACGUGGGUUAGGCGAGAUGACUGAUCGAGGCUUUGAAAACUCGUACAAACUGGGGCGUUACCUGAAAAAGAGAUACGUGGAUAAGGGAUUCUUGGAUCCGAUUAUGAAACCGAAGGAGAUGUUUUGGAGAUCAGUCAACAAGAAUCGUUGUUUGAGCACGGCGUCUACCGUCGGAUUCGCAAUGUUUGACGAUCAGAUUCGACAUAUUCAUGUGCCUGUGGUCACCGAAGAGAUUGAUGAAAAAUUGCUGUCCUAUAAUAUAGACAAUUGCCCUCGGGAAGUGGAAUUAGUUAGGGAGAGAUGUCCGAAUUUCGAUGGGAACUAUCAUCCGUGGCCGAGAUAUGAAGCAUUCAUUGCCAACUGCCUCAAUUACACGCAUCCUGUCUUUGCUGAGUAUCCAUUUGAAACCAUCGAAGCUUAUAUGAAUGAGUACAAAAACAGUAUUCCUCCACCUCCUCUCAUCGAGAAACAUAUAAAUGAAAUCAUGGCAAUCUAUGUGAAUGUGACACAGUUCAUCACUGGAACUGGAAAUCAUCAUGAUCCGAGAAUGAUGAAAGUGAAGUUCGGUUUUCUAAUGGAAACUUUGCUCGAAAAUAUUCGCGAGAUGAAGGAAUCGAGAGAGAGUAAAGAGAAAACAGAUGUGAAGAAGUUCACCGUCUAUUCAACGCAAGAUUGGAUUCUGAUGGGCGUUCUCGAUUCAUUGGGUGUUCUGAAUAAAACGGUUGGUCUGGAAGUGUAUCCAGAAUACAAUUCGAUGAUUAUCAUUGAGCUUUGGGAGGAGAAAAGUGGAAAAUUCUAUGUGAAGACAUACUAUAAGAAAGAAGAAAUCACUGCUGAAAACCACGAACUGAUUGAUGUUAGUAAUUUGGUCAGGAAUUGUGAAGAAAGUGAGCCGAACUGCAGUUACGAGAAGUUCAUCAGAUGUUGUGACGACUACAAAUCAGACGAAGGUGAAGGAUGCGAGGUUCAGAAGAGAAAGAGAAAUAUUCGAGGAUUAUCGAUCGAUAAAGCUGAAAGGAAAAAGCCACUAUUUGCUGGGCCGGAAUAG